AAUAAAAUUAUGCAAAAUAUUAAAUAAAGAAAACCUUAUUUAUAAGUUCAUUUUCAACCUCUAACAGAGCGAAUUGAGAGAAAGAAAUAGACAUUAAUGAAGAAUGUGUUAGUGAGAAAUGUUCAUGCUUAAAGAAUUAAACGAAGCUUUAGUUUGCCACAUAAUUAAAGAUUCUUGUAUAGAUUUGAAACUUUACCAAAACACCUAUGUCCAUCUCGAAAAGGAACUGGUGAAGAAUUUCAAAUAAGAUAAUAAUCUCCAUAAAAAAGAGACUCAUUAGUAACCAAUCUUAAAUUAUCUUAAAAAAAUAUUGAAAUGAAAGAAAGAUAGUAAAGAAAGAGUUGUGAUUGUUCAUAAUGUGGAAAGGAAACUAAUUUUUAAAGAGAUUCAAUGAAAGAUGGAGUUUUUAUAAUUUAAUAAAUAAAAGAAUAAGAAGCUUUAUCAAAUAAAUUUUAGAGAACAUAAAAGAAAUAAUAUGAAAAGUUAUAUCCAUAAUAUUUAAAUAUGAAGAGUAUACAAAUAGAAGAGAGUGGUGAUCAUAAUAAUGAUUUUAUUAUAAAUUCGUUUGAGCAUCUAGAAGAUGUUCCUACAUAAACAUGUCCAAAUAAGAUUAAAAGUAAGUCUAACUUUUUCGACUUCUUUUUAAUUAAAUAACAAUAGAUUGUAGUUGAUUAAAGGAGAAAAUUUUCCAAUCAUCGAAAAAAUUUUGAUAAAUUUCGUUCGAUUCCCUUUCUCUCUAAUGAUUUUUAGAAAGUAUUAACUCCUAGAACACCAGCCACAAUGACUACAACUUUAGUUCCAUCUCCAAGGAAAUUAAAAGCUAAUGUAUAGAUGUAUCUAAAACCAAUCAAUAAACCAUAGAAAUAACAUAAUAGAUUGUUAACUCUUCCAGAGUUUAGAUAAUUUAUAUGA